CUUUUUCUCCUGUCCACCUCUUAAGCCCAUCCUUUCCCUUCUUCUUCUUCUUCUGCUAUUCUUCUACUUCUCCAAACACAAACCAACUUGUUCUUGUUCUUUCCCACUCUAUUAUAAAUAAUAAUAUAAUAUUAUUAUUAUUAAAAUUAUAUUCACAACACUACUCCCUACCAUAACGUCCCUAUUCCAUCAACCAAUCAUAUUAUAUUUGUAUUAAAAUAUAGAGAUUGAACCGAAACAAAAACAAAACAAUGAAAGGAGAGUAUGUAGAACAACACCACCACCACCACCAACAAAAUCAACCCAAAAAUAAUAAUGAAACUCACAAUAUGUUCUCUAAGCUUCACCACUCUCAUCACCACCAUCACCAACAACAACACCAGCACCUUCAUCCCUUUGGAAACCCUUUACCUUUCCAGAUAACUCCUUCUAGGGAAUGCCAAACCUCCGAAGAAGAUGACACCAGCCGCAGUAGCAGCGGUGCCGCCGCCGCCACCGCCCAGGUGCCCAAUAACAGGUCCCUUUCUGAUACCAACCAGCCCGGUGACGGAGCCACCAUAGAAGUCGUCAGGAGGCCCAGGGGCCGCCCACCUGGCUCCAAAAACAGGCCCAAGCCUCCUGUCGUCAUAACGCGCGACACCGAGCCUGCAAUGAGUCCGUACAUUCUAGAAGUCCCCGGCGGAAACGACAUCGUCGAGGCCAUUGCCCGAUUCUGUCGUCGUAAGAACAUGGGUCUCUGUGUCCUCACCGGCUCGGGCACAGUCGCCAACGUCACUCUCCGACAACCUUCUACCACCCCGGGGGCCACCGUUACCUUCCACGGACGAUUCGACAUACUCUCCAUCACCGCCACCUUCGUUGCCCAAACGUCUCCGUCUUGCCCUAUCCCCAGCGGCUUCACCAUCUCCCUCGCUGGGCCCCAGGGUCAGAUCGUUGGCGGACUUGUCUCUGGUGCCCUUAUCGCUGCCGGAACCGUCUACGUCGUCGGCGCUUCGUUUAACAACCCGUCGUAUCACCGCCUACCAGCGGACGACGAGGUUCGGAACUCGGCCGCCUCCGCUGAGGUGCAAUCUCCACCGCGUUCAGGGGGUGGAGAGAGUGGUGGGCACGCUCCGGCUGAUUCUUGUGGGAUGUCGAUGUAUAGCCAAUUGCCGUCCGAUGUAAUUUGGGCCCCAACGGCCAGGCAACCUCCACCGCCUCCGCCGCCAUAUUAGUCAUCAUCAUUGUCGUUACUGCCACCAUCUUCAUCCUCAUCUUCAAAGAUUAGUCUGACCAGUUUCUCGGUGUACUACUUUUCUCUUACUACUACUGUGAAAUCAACAAUGUUUUUUGUUUUAUUUUAUUCGUGUUUAAAAAUUUUCCUGUUAUUAUAUUAUUAUUAUUUUUUUUUCUUUCUUGUGGGGUGUUAGCCUAUUUAAUUAAUUCUAGUUUAUUGUAAGAUUUAGAAGUACCAAAUAUUAAUGAAUAUUGAAUGCAUUUAAUUAA